AUGAUAUAUACUGAAGAGUUGGAGAAAGAAGAAGAUAAAGAUAUGGUUAUGUUACAUUUAGUCAGAAGAAACAACAAGAGCUUUUAUGACUUAGCUAAGAUAUAUAAAUCUGACAGAAACUGGUUCUAUCGUGAAAACUUACCGAUUUCAAUGACACCGAAUGAGCAAAUAAAGGAAAUUGUCAAAAAUACUCUUCCUCAAACACACUAUGACAUCAAAGGUUGCACAAUACUUACAUUCAAAGAAGACUUAACAUUACUGAAGGAAAAAAUAACAGAAUAUUUCGAUAUCUUCAAAGAGGAAGAAUGA